UACCUCCUUACUUAUAUAAUUACGUGGGUACCUUACAACGAGCCUGCGCGGGGCCGCCUUGGGAGCUUUCAUCAUCCACCUUUUAACCACCCUUACAACGCUUCGUCCAUUUCAUAUCCAAGACAAAUUUACCAUCUUUACUCCCCCCGGUCCAAACCACUUUUAAGGAGAUAUUGAUAAAGCAUACAAGGACUCCCCAAGCCCGAUCCCACUCACCAUGGCUACCGCAUCGCAGUCUGGUGGCUCCGGUUUCAAUACCACCUUCAGAGACAAGGAGAAGCCGGUCGCCGUACGGUCUUCGAAUAUCGUUGCCGCCAGAGCCGUUGCCGAUGCCAUCAGAACUUCGCUGGGACCCCGAGGCAUGGACAAGAUGAUCAGGAGCGGGAAGGGCGAGACCAUAAUCACAAACGACGGAAACACCAUGCUGAAGAGCAUGUCCGUCAUGCACCCGACCGCGAGGAUGCUCGUCAACCUCUCGGCGGCACAAGACGUCGAAGCCGGAGACGGCACCACCUCGGUGGUGGUCAUAUGCGGUGCUCUGCUUGGCGCCGCCGAUAGGCUUCUAUCCAAGGGUGUCCAUCCCGCAGUCAUCUCCGAGUCCUUCCAGAGAGCGGCGGCGGCAGCAGUCCAGGUCCUCCACGACAUGUCGCAGCCCGUCUCCCUGACCGACACCGCCACUCUCCUCCAGGCAGCGAACACCUCGUUAUCCUCCAAGAUCGUCUCGCAGUACUCAGGUCUUCUAGGGCCUAUGGCCGUCAACGCGGUCACUAAGACCAUCGAUAUCAAAACGGCAGACAACGUUGAUCUGAAGAACAUUAGGAUCAUCAAGAAGGUGGGGGGCACGAUAGAAGAUAGUGAGUUGGUCGACGGCUUGGUUCUCAACCAAUCUGUCAUCAAGGCUGCCGGUGGUCCCGCGAGAAUGGAGAAAGCCAAGAUCGGGUUAAUCCAGUUCCAGCUGAGCCCUCCGAAGCCAGACAUGGAAAAUACUAUCCAGGUUAACGACUACCGCCAAAUGGACAAGAUCGUCAAGGAGGAGCGGCUCUAUCUCCUGAACUUGGUCAAGAAGAUCAAGAAGGCCAAGUGUAACGUGCUUCUGAUCCAAAAAUCCAUCCUACGUGACGCGGUCAACGACCUGUCUCUACACUUCCUCGCCAAGCUCAAUAUCCUGGCCGUGAAGGACAUUGAACGAGACGAGGUGGAAUUCAUUUGCAAAUCCACCGGUUGCAAGCCAAUCGCCGAUAUCGAUUCCUUUACGGAGGACAAGCUCGGAACCGCGGAUCUGGUCGAGGAAUCUCAGUCGAACGGCGCGCGGAUGGUUAAAAUCACGGGGACGAAGUCGGCGGGCAAGACGGUUUCGAUAGUGUGCCGCGGCGCCAACAGCCUCAUCCUAGAUGAGGCGGAGCGCUCGCUCCACGAUGCGCUCUGUGUCAUCCGCUGCCUAGUCAAGAAGAAGGCGCUGAUCGCGGGCGGAGGUGCGCCGGAGAUUGAGAUCGCGGCUCAACUGUCGAAACAGGCACGCUCGCUGACUGGCACAGAGGCCAUCUGUUGGAAGGCCUUCGCGGACGCUUUGGAAGUCAUACCCACAACGCUGGCGGAAAACGCGGGCCUAAACAGUAUCAAGGUGGUGACCGAUCUACGGCAUCGGCACGAGAUGGGAGAGAAGAACGCGGGGGUGAGCAUCAAGAGCGGAGGAGUUAACCCGAACAUUGGCAAGGAAAACGUGCUGCAACCGCUGCUGGUGAGCACGAGCGCGAUCGAGUUAGCGGCGGAGACGGUCAAGAUGAUCCUGAGGAUAGACGACAUCGCCCUGACGAGGUAGUCGGCUUAGGAUGACUUAGUUGGUGGUGCCCUCGGCUAGAGCCGCAUCGGGGACGAUACGAUACGAGCAGGAUGGACGAGGAUGUUUGACUAUAUCCCACGGUCAUGUCAGCUAUUUACGAUACAGGUCAGACCCCAUAGGCAACAUUAGCUAGGUACAAUAGAGAAAAGAGUAAAAGCGACAGCCUGGGAAGCGAUGCGCGGACCGGGAUGGCACGCCCAAACCAAGCCCGGACCGGAAGCGGGUUUCGUAGCUCGACGGGAGGCCGAGGACGAAAGGGCGUAGCUACUAAGGUGGUAUGGGCGAUUCAUUGGCUGUAGGCCGACGCUGGCCGGGAUCGGAUAUUGCGCGGGCGAGCGAGGGAAGGCAUUGGUGGGGUAAGUGUGAUGGACGUGAUACAGCAUUGUACGGCAGUGGCUACUUGCCUAGACGGGCGGGAAGAGGGGCCUCAAUGGCGUCACUUUUCGCGAUGCCGUCGGAAGUCGCUAACACACGGCUCCUGCCAUACGGCUAAGAGGGAAAGCACGACAUUAGUCAUGGUCGUGCCGUUAUCGAGAGCGCCGUGUUAAUAAGACGGUGCCGUCUACUCAUAUUUCGCUUCCCCCCCUCCCUCGCAACCCCCAAUUCCGCUUCUC